GGGUGUAUGUAUGUUCAUAUAUAGCCCAUAUUCGCAGUUAUUAAUUUUUAAAAGUGGCGCAGAGGAGCGGCCUUGAAUGGCAGUCUCUGCGGCAUCACUCGAUAAUGUGAUGUUUAGCUUUUAUCUUUCCCCCGAAACAUUUAUUCAUUAGACUUCUUCCCACAUGUGCGAUUGUUCACUUGUUUUAUGAUUAUAAGAAAAAAAACGUGAAAAAAAACGCAGCCCUCUUUUGAAUGGGCUUUUAUUCUAUUAACUGCACAGACUAUUUGCACUCAUCGCCUAUCAUAACAUGCAUAACAGAGUCUGAUCGAAUUAUUUCUGUACACUACCCUCGCAGAGAUUGCACUCUCAGCAUGUCACUUGUUGUAUUGUUUAGGAGCCCGUUGGUUUUUGCCGCAAUGGUCGUUAACCUCUGAAUGACCCCGUGUUUGGAGCCCACGCCUCAGAAAGCGCCGCAGACGGGCAGUGCAACAGUUGAACCAGAGGAUGGCGCACCACGACAAUUCAAAACACCCGAGCCCCUACUCUGAGUUUGCCCGAGCCACGAGCGCAUGGAGGCGCGCGCCCUUCUUAUCCCACCCAGUAUUUCCUGCGUGCACGAGUUUACCUCUGGAGGUCACCAAGCAGGAUUUACGACUGGUCAACAAAAGCACGUGAUUCUCCGCCGUACCCCAUAUUUGGGUGCCUACGUAAGAGAGAAUCAAGUCCAUGUCCCACUCAUUUCCAUAAUUCAUCAUAAAUUGUGCAAGGGUGCUAUAGGACGCGCUAAACCAUAAGAGCCACAAAUCAAGCACACAGGUUUAUGCUAUUUUACCUCCAAAAUAAUAAAACAACAACAACAACACCUACAACGGGCAAACGGUGGAAUUGUCAACAAAUGAGCUCCUAUUUUGUGAACUCAUUCUGCGGUCGCUAUCCCAAUGGCGCGGACUUCCAGUUACAUAAUUAUGGAGACCAUAGUACGGCAAACGAGCAAUACAGAGACUCAACAGCCAUGCAUUCCAGCAGGUACGGCUAUGGCUACAACGGGAUGGACUUAACAGUCGGGCGGGCUGGUACCGGACACUUUGUGGGCAGCGAGCGGACACCGGGCUACUCCCCGAGUCACUCAGCGGCGACGACACCCUCGGUGGAGCCGGUCAGGUACACUCAGUCCGCCAGCAGCACCGGGACCUCGUCUCUAUCGCCACCACCUGACCCUCUACCGUGCUCCUCGGUCGCCAGCUCGUCCCCGGUCACCGAGAAUCAUUCUCAACAAAGAGCCGUGAAAAACUCCAUAACGACCCCGUGCUCAACCCCGUGCUCGAGCUCGAACGGAGGCACGCUGCUGCUCGGCCGGGACUGUGUGUCCAAAGCUUCCCCCCUGGAGGACGAGAAGCCUGCGGGAAGUGCACCGACAACUCCUCAAAAUGUCACCGACUCAGCACAGCCUCAGAUAUACCCGUGGAUGAGAAAACUUCACAUAAGUCAUGAUUUGUCAGGACCAGAGGGGAAGAGAGCCAGGACUGCUUACACUCGGUACCAGACCUUGGAGCUGGAGAAGGAGUUCCACUUCAACCGCUACCUGACCCGCAGGCGGAGGAUCGAGAUAGCCCAUGCCCUCUGCCUCUCAGAGAGACAGAUCAAAAUCUGGUUUCAGAACCGCAGGAUGAAGUGGAAGAAGGACAACAAGCUGAAGAGCAUGAGCAUGGCGGCUGCAGGCGGGGGAGGCUACAGGCCUUGAUAUUCACUCCUCUACCCUCCCUGAUAACGAGCACUAUGAAAAUAAAAACAAAGAUUGUCAUAUCAACUUCUCCUCGUUCUCCUCCUUCAAAAAGCGCAGAGACUUGUUCACGGGGCUGUGUGCGGGACAGGUGGACACCCCAUGCAGCCCACUGUAUGUCCAACAACAGUCCCAUUAUAUUCCUUAAUAUUAUUUCCUUUUUAUUUCCACCGUGGUAAUGCUUAUGUGAGUAAAAAAAAAAUGCAUUAUGUACAGUUCAUUCUAGAUUUAGAGGAAAAAGAUACAAAAUAAAUGUUUGUUUAAAUUAUUUCUUGUUCAGACGAAAAAAAAAAAACCCAAACAAACAACAACAAAAAAAAAAAAGUCAAAGCUUGAAAUGCUUCCUAACUACCGCAAAUAAAUCCAGUCAAAGUUGUGUGAUGCACUCGGAACAAUAACAGCCUAACAAAUAGAGGGUUGAGGUUGAGCUGCCUUUGUGUUUAGCCUUCGUUUUUUCUAUGUAUGUACUGUAUAUGUAUGUAUUUAUUUGUUUGAUGUAUUGUACCAACUUGUCAGAUAACUUGCUUCCAAAAGUAGAGUCAGCAGAGUAUGUUUAAGCCUUGUGUGGUUAUUGUGUGCGUUGUGAACACAUGUAUGGACAGAGGAGCCGACUCAGUCUUGUAUGUACAGUAGCUGUGCCUUGUAUCUUUUUUUUUUUAUUCUUUUUUUUUUUAAAUUUUUUUAACUUUCUUUUGCAGGAGCUGCUGUUUGCGUUGUUCACCUGGGCGCAACAUCUUAGUAAAAAAAAAAAAAAAAACGUGUUUUGUCUUUGUUUUCUAGCUGUUUCUAUGUGGAGGCUCCCACGGUAAAUUCCAUUGCCUAUGUGUAUAACUCCAUCGUGAUAAGCUUUUUGUAAAUGUUUUUCAAAGACUGGAAGUCAAGAAUAUACUAUAAUAAUGAUAAUAAUAAUGAUGAUGAUGAUGAUGGACAUAAUAAACUUUCUACUGGAACGGCAACAUCA